CCUCGAGCCUCGGGCUCCUCCUGAGGGCUGAGGGUGAGCGCGGGCCCCGCUCCCUUCCCGCUCCCUUCCCGCCGCCCGGCUUCCUCCUUCCCGGCCUCCCGGCGGCGCCGCGGCUUUCCAGCCUGCUCCAGGACAGCUUUCGGCUCGGGGAAGGGACCGGAAGUGGCACCUCACUGCAGAGCUAUUAAGCCGCUGGAAGAAAUGUCAGAAAGGUGCGGGCAGGAGCCAACGAGGUGGAUAACGACGGUCAUUAUGAGCACAGCUCUGCAGGAUCAUGAAAUUUCUGCAGUUCUGCAGAGGCAACAACACCGAGUUCGAUAUUCAGAAUCAGUGGAAACUGGAUCUGUGAUUUUUCCUCUUUCUGGAGUCUCCUCAAUAGGCAUUGCAUUUAUACUGUCAGACACUCAAGACUUGCUUAGGACAGGGGAAGAAGAGUUUUCCAAAAGAAUUCAGAAGUUCAUAAACAUUCAUCGGAACAGCUUUUUGGUUUUGUCAGCUGCUCUUCAUGGACCAGAAGAAUGGAGUGUCAUGUUCAGGAUUCAGAGAAGAUUCUUGGGCAGCAAUUUACGUGUAAUACCAGUUCAUAAUCCUGCUGAAACUGUUAAAUUAAUGCUAACUAUGGCUAAGGUUACUUCCAAACCAGGAGCAGAUGAUACUCGUUGCAAAAUGGAAAUGACAAAAGCCCAAAUAAUAGAAAAAAGUCCAGUUCGGAAGAUGCUUCAGGAGUACCAGUUGCACUGUAAUUAACUUAAUAGUUGGUUUUUUAUUCAUAAAUAGAGUCGCUACAUUUUAAACAAAAUAUAGAAUGUUCUUAAAAAUAUAGUUACAUUUCAAAAAACUACAUUCAACAUAUGUAUUUGGAAUGAAAAUUCAUAUUAAAUAGCAAUACAGUGAAAAAAUAGCAUACUUGAUACCAAAUGUGCUUUCUAUGGAGGGAAAAAAAGUUGUUGAGCUGCACUAUAGAGAAGUCAUCGUUGCUUUUAACUUGGUUCUGACCUUAGAGGCUCCUCUGUUUAUUAAUAAUUCCCCUAAAUAUUUACUGUAUCUUAAGGAAAGCUGUAUUAUUAAAGACAAGGAUGAUCAAAACAAUUCCAAAAUAGAGGUAUCCCUAAAAACAGCAGCUGUAUGUAUGCAAUCUUACACUACUUUUUAAACACAAGUGUUAUCAGUUGUGUUACUAAGUUCUAACAUCUUAUUUGGCUCAAAGUUGAUCUGUUUUUCUUAAAGCCUGGUUUCCUUUGCCUUUCCUUUUGUUUUUACCAUUUAUAGAUUGUAUAUUCUGUACUGUUAUCUAUCUAUACUUUACAGUCCUGCAAAUUGAGAAGCUUGUCUGUCAACAUUAAAAUGUGCUAAUAAAAGUAUCUUCUGCUUAA